AUAUUACUAAAGGAAAUUAUUGGGAAACUGAUGUAAAAGAGAGAGAAAGAAAAAGAGAGAUGAAGAGCAAAAGAAAAGGGAGAGAUUGAGAGAGGUUUGACUUCGCCUUUGUAGAGAAGGCAAAGGGCUCGCUCCGGCCAACAGAAUCUGAUCAUCAUGGCGGUUACGUUUGCUGGUUUGCCAGAUGGGGGGAAUGAUCCAGAAUUGCAACAUGGGAUGAAUGAUGAGAAACUGCGUAACAACAUAGUGGAUGUUCUGAAAAGAGAUGGUCCUCAGAGAGUUUUGCUGUCUGGUAAAGCUGGGACCGGGAAGACAAGGCUGGCAAAUAUUGUGGGAGAGCAUGUCAUCAAGACCGGCUUGUGCUUUCUGACCAUCUGCUUGCAUCUCAACAGGAAGUUUAAGGAUGAAUGGUCGCUCUAUGAGAACAUAGCUUCUCAGCUUUGUGUUUACUCUGAUUUUGAAGAGACUGAAUUGGAUGAUAGGGAUGAGGACGAGGAGGAUGAGAAGGAACUCAACGUUUCUGAUUUGAAGAAGAAGAUAUUUGACGAAAUCGUUAAGCAGAGAAAAGACAUCGACAAAAAGAUCGAGGAUGAGAGGUUGGAGGCUGCAAAGGCCGCCAAUAAGGAUGAUGGAAACAAGGCUGCGGGUAAAAAAAAAGAUAAAGCAACUGAAGCAGACACGACGCUGCUGCCAGCCGAGGGUGCCAAGAAAGAUACGCCGUCUACAGGAAAGCCGUGUAUUCUACUGAUUCUUGAUGACGAAGGAAACCAAACCAGUGAAGAGGUGGUGAUGAAUACAAUGGGGCUUUGGAAGUUUCUUGUUGAUGAUAUCCUUGAAGAUGUCAACCGUAUCAAGAUUCUUGUUACGAAAGGAGGCGAGGAGCCUACAAAGGCUGUUGUUGGUGACGCAAAGAGUGAGAAUGGAAGUGAAGGGAAAGACGGAGAAAAGAGUGAGAGUGAAAGUGAAGAACAAGACGAAGCAAAGAGUGAGAGUGAAAGUGGAGAGCAAGAGGAAGCAAAGAGUGAGAAUGGAAGUGAAGAGCAAGAUGGAGCAAAGAGUGAGAAUAUAACUGAAGGGCUAGAGGAAGCAGAGAGUGAGAAUAUAACUGAAGGGCUAGAGAGAGCAAAGAGUGAGAAUAUAACUGAAAUGCUAGAGGGAGCAAAGAGAGACAGCGAAAUUGUGCCAGAUGAGGGUACUCAGUCACAGGACAAAGAUAACAAGGGGGAAAAAAAGGACCAAGCCGCGAAGAACGUACAAGAUACAAAGCGUGAUGAGGAAAGUGGCCAGACUACUAAAGAUGUGUCGCUGGCAGCUAGAAAGUCCUAUGACGAUCUAAUCAAUUUCCAUACCACGGAUGUCUCAGAUGAAUUACGCAACUCAAUCCAUGAGACUAACCUGCAGAAUUUGUUUAUGUUUCUUCUCACAAAAGACUACGUGGAGACUUUUGCAGACUACAUAUCUAAGAUUGUGAGCAAAAGCAAGAAUUCGCCAGCUGCAAUCGUCGUGCUAGCCAAGUCCCUAAAGUUGAUUAUUCUAAGCAAAAAAUGUUCGAGCACAGGAGAUUAUACGGAAUUAAAAGAAAAGAUAGACGAGUUUCUCUCAGCUGAUCGGUCUGAUUCACCCGAUUUAUGUUCUGCUUCUGAGAGCGCUGUCAAUCCAAUCUUGUAUCUUGCAUAUGUGCUGUUGAAAACCUAUGAUACAUCAAAGGGUGCCAUCUUGGAUUGUUUUUGGCAUAGCUUGGACUUCUUUAAGCAAUGUGGAUGUGUUUACUACCGUGACCUGAUCACACAAUGGAUGCUUGAAGGCUACUUUGAUCCUGUUAGGUCAGUCGAAAAGGCGUACCAGGAAGGUCAUUCUAUCUUGAUGGAUCUUAUAAACCGCGGAAUGCUGAAGAUACAAGAAAACAAUGUGGUGGUGCCAGAGAUGGCGAUGAUCAGUUUAAUUGAUCCUCGACUUGGAGGCCAUUUCGGGAGAUCUCGACUUGGAUUUUCUAGGGUCUAUGGUGGUCACAAGGAAAAAGGGAUUGGUAAAAUCACCCAGAUAGAUGAUAUGAUUAAAACCGUGCAAGCAAAGAAAGGAGACAAGGUUACAACGAUUCUGGUUGGUGGAGAUCGUCUGCGUCGUGAAAAUCCUAAAACGUACUUCGAGAAUCUGAAAGAGCUUGAAGUACUUGGUCUUUUUGAACCCACACUAGAGCCUCUUAUCCCGUCUUUUAAGGAUCAUCUCAAACUCCUCCGAGUUCUUGUAAUCAGGGACUGUGAUCUACUGGACAGUAUUGAAGAGCUUCAGACUCUUACAAAGCUGAAUACUCUUGAAGUUUCUGGUGCUAGCUCCCUGAAGAAAAUCACUCCUGAUUUCUUCAAGGCAUUUCUUGAACUUCAAAGUCUUCACCUCUCUGGGCUUAAGAUCACAUCUUCCCCUCUCAGCAUUUCUGAUUUGACCCAACUUCAUUGUCUCAUCAUCAAGGACUGCCAUUUAUUGGAAGAUCUGCCAAACAUACAGGAGCUAGUGAAUCUUGAGGUUGUUGAUGUCUCUGGUGCUCGUGGACUUCAAACUUGUUUCGACAACCAAAAAGGUGACAAGAAAAACAAAAGCAAAAACAAAAACUUUUAUCUUCUUAAAAAACUUCAGCUCCUUGACUUCUCGGAGAGCCAAAUAGAGCGUCUGCCAAUAUUCCAGGACUCUGCGGUGGGCAAGAAGCUUCACUUAUUGACUAGGCUCUUGUUGCGCAAUUGUACCAAAUUGAGAAGAUUGCCUAGUUUGAAGCCCUUGUCAGGUCUCCAAAUUCUUGAUCUUUCCGGCACUACGAGCUUAGUGGAAAUGCUUGAAGUGUGCUUCGAGGAUAAGCCUGAACUCAAAACUCUCAAUCUCUCAGGAACUAAUCUUAGCGAGUUGGCUACCACCAUCGAUGAGCUGUCCAGUCUCAAUGAACUUCUCCUACAGAAUUGCAUCAACCUAGAUGCUAUCCCAAACAUCCAGAAACUCAAAAAUCUCGAAGUCAUUGAUGUUUCCGGCAGCAGCAAGCUGGAGAAGAUUGAGGGAUCAUUCGAGGACAUGUCCUACCUACGUGAAGUGAACCUGUUUGGAACCAAAGUGGAGACGACACCAGAGUUGCCUAAGGAGACCAAAGUCCAUUGUGUAAAGAGUAUUACUCUGGCAGAUGGAAGGCUUUUUGAAGGUAAGGAUUGGGACGAAGUAAGGAGCAAAAUGUCAAGUGAGAAUCCUAGCUCCUCUGAUGCAGCAGUUGUUGCAUCCCAAGAAAUCUUAGAAGAAGCAAGAGAGAUUCAAUCAGCUGAACCACGCGCCAGUGAUUGUACUGAGAUGGGAGAUGCCACGCGCAAGGAACGUCUUCUCCAAGUCCCCCUAGGUAGGGCUAUAUAUAAGAAGACACUAACAUCACUUGUUGAUUCCGAAAGUCCACAGGAAGUCAUGGAGAUCAGUGAAACUAAUAAGCUGGAUGAUGACGCACUAGCUACGGCUGAGUUUGUGUCUUUUGUGGACUGUACUCCUACAAGGUUCACAUCUAUCUUUAACAAGACCAAAGUGGUGAAAGGUUGCUGGCUAAGGAUGUGCUUUGACAUAAAAGACCUUUUCUCUGAUGUGACUGAGGAAAAUUUGAAAUCAUUGGAGACUUUGUCCAUUACAAAUCUUCUAUCAUUGGAGACAAUAAGCUGUGCUGGUAGCUUAGAGAACCUGAAGAACCUAAGCUUAGAUUGCUGCCCGAAAAUCAAAACGAUUUUCUCAGAGAUGCCUACCAGCCUAGAAGUCCUGAAUAUAAAGCAUUGUCAGAACCUGGAGAAAGUUGUUGAAGGAGUCGAAGUGUCAUCUCACGAUCAUCUGACAGUGAAACGCGACAAUUGCCCAAACUUCGGAGACUACGUUAUGGUUGAACAUAGUGAUGCAUCACCACCAUAAGAAUGAAGAUCAUCAAAGGAGCUGGAGCAAGAUCUACUUCCAAAGUACUAAGCAUCAUGAUCGAUCAUUUUCAUACUUGUUCUGCGUGUGUCAGAAGCUAUGCGUGUUGAAUAACAACCGGCUUUAAAAUAUCAUCUUACCGGUUUUCUCUUUCUCUACUGUUUUCCUGUUUCUGUUUUAAGAUAUUUCCUGCAGUAAAAUCCCAGGCAUAGUGUGUUGUGAUCUUGUCUGGGUGAAUAAGACCCUUGUUUUGAUUGUUUAUUCUUUUCUCAAACAUUUAUAUUUAUUUCUAUUUGAACCAUCUUGUGA